CCGCGGCGGCGGCGGCGGCGGCGGGCGGGGGGUGGGCCAUGGGCGCGGUGCUGUCGCCGUCGCCGCCGGGGGGCUCGCGCCAGGCCGGCCUCUACGACGAGGGGGGCGCCGCGCCGGGCUCGCUGGGCCCCCACUCCCCGCCGGGCCUGGCCAAGGGAGGAGGCGCCGCCGGAGACAAGGCCGCCGCCCUGAAGAGGCCCUCCAUGUUCCUGCCGGCCCUCACCUGGAAGCGCCUGGUGGCCUCCACCAAGAAGCGGGGCGCGCGGGCGGCGGCGGCGGCGGGGGGCAAGGCGGGGGCCCCGUCGGCGCAGGAGGUGGCCCAGCUGAACCACCAGAACGCGGCGCACAAGCCCCCCCUCGGCGGCGCCCCCCCGCCGCCGGCCCCGGGCGCCCCCCCGCCGUCCCCGCGGCGCGUGGUGGUGCAGGCGUCGACGGGCGAGCUGCUGACGUGCCUGGGGGAGUUCCUGUCGCGCCGCUGCUACCGCCUGAAGCGCCUGUCGCCCGGCGAGCCCGUGCUGUGGCUGCGCGGCGUGGACCGCUCGCUGCUGCUGCAGGGCUGGCAGGACCAGGCCUUCGUCACGCCCGCCAACGUGGUCUUCGUGUACCUGCUGUGCCGCGAGGCCAUCGACGGCGACCUGGUCGCCAGCGAGCACGAGCUGCAGGCCGCGCUGCUCACCUGCCUCUACCUGGCCUACUCCUACAUGGGCAACGAGAUCUCCUACCCGCUCAAGCCCUUCCUGGUGGAGGCCUCCAAGGACACCUUCUGGGACCGCUGCCUGCGCAUCAUCGACGCCAUGAGCGCCAAGAUGCUCCGCCUCAACGCCGACCCCCACUACUUCACCCAGGUCUUCGCCGACCUCAAGAACGAGGGCGCCGCGCGCCGCGACAACUUCCCCCGCGUCUUGGACCGGUGACUGGCCGUCCCCCCCGCCUGGCCCCAGGAUACAAUAGCCCAGGCCUGACUUUUUAGAGACCAGCUCCUGGUGAGCAAAGGAUGCUACUCUACGGUUCCCCUUGCGGGAAACAGGUUGCAGUGGGCCAAAUGUUUUCCAAAAGAGACUGGCUAUCCGAGACAGACCCGGCACUUAAGAGCAUAAGAACUAGCCUGCUGGAUCAGACCAGAGUCCAUCUAGUCCAGCUCUCUGCUGCUCGCAGUGGCCCACCAGGUGCCUUUGGGAGCUCACCU